ACAGUCAGAUACAUAGUGCAGUCAAAGACCAGGAUGUAUACUGUCAUAACCGACCGUACACACAGUGCAUCCAUCAUUUAUACAAAGAAGGAUCAGGAGAGCACUAAAGCAAUAGAAAACGUCAGAUGGUUAGUGGCCUGAGGUGAGCCUUUACUUGUUUUUUAAAUGACAGAUUGUUACCUGUAUGAGUUAUAUGAGGUAAGUUCCAGCAGUAAUUGCAUGAAAACUAACUGUACGUUUGAGGAGGUUUGUUCUUGGGGGUGGAGGUAUCAAGUGACCUGAGCUAGCAUUCCUUGUGUGAUGGUUGUCUGUUACAUGUGUAUCAAAAUAUUCAGAUGUCUGAUUGAAUACUACGUUUCUGAAACACAUGAGAAGGCUGUAGUGGAGUUUAAUUUCCACUGAGAACCAUGACAGGCGAGAGUGCAUAUAUAUCUGCUAAUCUGGCAGCUCGGUUUUGAACCAGUUGUAGUUUAUUUAAGUCUUUCUUAGCUGCUGCUGACAUAUGAAUGGACAGUGUAGCAGGUGACAAAAGACCAAAGACUGUAACACCUGACAAACAACAGAGAGUUAGAUAAGCAAAGCACUUUCUGGUCAUAGCCAUGCUCCUUCCCAUUUUAGUGACAAUGCCAUCAAUGUGCUCAGACCACGACAACUGUUCGUCCCACACUGCACCAGUAGUUUAGUCUUCCUGACCUGUUCUACUGCCGAACCUAACAAUGACAGGUGAAGCUGUGUGUCACCAUUCAGCAUAUUCCUUGAGCCAAACACAAUACUUUUAGUUCUACAAAUGUUCAGGGCUAGUUUGUUCACGUUCACCCAAUCAGACUCUCUCUCUAGAUCCUGAUUCAGAAUGGUUGUUGUUCCUGUUUAUUUGAAGCAGUGCUAUACAGUGUCGUGUCAUCUGCAUACAUUACCAUUUUGACAUUCUUAAUGACGCUGACGUUAGCAUGCUAACACAAAGAUUCUAAUCAUUAUGAUGUCUGUCUGUAUGUCUCUCUGUCUCUCUGACUGUCUGUCUCUCUGUCUGUCUGUCUCCGUGUGUUCAGGACGUGGACUCUGCCUACCUGGUGAAGGCCGAUCUGGAGGAUAAAGUCGGAGGUCUGACCGAUGAAAUCAACUUCCUGCGUAACGUCUACGAGGAGGAGCUGCGUGAGCUGCAGGCCGGUAUCAAGGACACGUCGGUGGUGGUGCAGAUGGACAACAGUCGCAGCCUGAACAUGGAGACGAUCGUGGCGGAAGUCAAAGCUCAGUACGAGGAGAUCGCGGCCCGAAGCCGAGAGGAGGCCGAGGCCUGGUACAAGAGCAAGUUCGACCAGAUGUCGGUGCAGGCGAGUCAGUACGGAGACGAGCUCCGCGUUGUGAAGGGAGAGGUCGCCGAGGUCAACCGGCUGAUCAGCCGCCUGCAGAGCGAGAUCGAGUCCGUUAAAGCACAGCGUGGUGGUCUGGAGAACCAGCUGGCUGAGUCCGAGGAACGUGGAGAACUGGCUGUGAAAGAGGCCAAAGCUCGGACCAGAGACCUGGAGGACGCUCUGCAGAGAGCCAAACAGGACAUGGCCCGACAGCUCAGAGAGUAUCAG